GGUCGAACGAUCCAAAUCGUUCGACUCAGAUCGACCCGUGAAAACGCGCCUUAACCGCGACCAAAUUGCAAAUUGAUGAUUUGAAAUUUGAAUUAUAUUAUUUAUCUAUGAAUUAUUUGAAAUGUGUUUCUGGAUCUGGAUUCUAUAGCUAGCUUCUAUAGGCGUAUAUUCGUUGAUUGUAUUAUAAAAUAAUGUUGUUUGUUUCUGAAACUCCUGCUGAUUAUGCUAUAUUCAAGCUUUUAGUUGGGAAGAAACUUCAGGAAAUGGAUAAUUUAUUCCACGCAUUGAAAAUGCUGGAAGAGUGUUCCAAUCCGAUAAGGAAGGAAUUUCCGAUCCACAGGAAUUAUUUAAGAGAAUCCAAAUUCAGGCCCACCUCAAGGAGAGGUGGACCCGCCCAGACGGAACGGUUACAGGAACGGUUCGACCACGAGGUGAACAACGAGGUUUUGGAGGAAAAUAUUGAAAAUCAGGAAGUAAUGGCUACCAGAAGCGUCGAAAUUAUGGACGAAGAGCCCUUUCAAACCGUCAAGUGUGCCAGGAGGAACUCCGCUGAGUCCAUACAAGGUGCCAGAAGGAGGGAUGCCACUUCAAGUGCUUCCACAGUCCCAGUAAGGAACCGUUAUCAAGUUCUGGAACAGGUGAGUACUGAAGAUAGGUCUUCAGCUCCAUCCAAGAAGGAACGUGUUCCACCAAUCGUCAUUGCGGUCAGAUAGGAUCCUAUUCUGCCUUUAUCAAAGAAGUAGCGAAACUACUAGGCCACAAUAACUUCCAGAUUGCACCAGCAGGUAAGUUAGGCACCCGCAUCUAUCUUUACAGCACAGAAGACCACGAAAAAGUGAAACAAGAUUUUAUCAACACGUCUACUGCCUUCCACACCUACACCAGGAAGUCCGAUGUAACCAAGAAAAUCGUGAUGAAGGCAGCUCCAGGCCUGGACCUCGACGAUGUAGAAGCUGACCUCAGGCAACAAGGAAUCAUAGGCAAGGUUACCGAGAUGAAGACCAGGAAACCAGGAGCAACGAGCAGUUCAUAUCUUCUCCAGGUCGACAAGCAGCAGGACCUAAAGGAUAUCAAAAAGAUCAACGGUGUCAACGACAUUCGAGUCCGAUGGGAUGCCUAUUCCAAACCUUCAAGAGCUACACAGUGCUACAACUGUCAAGAUUUCGGCCAUUCUGCAAGGAACUGCUACAAGAGCCCCAGAUGCAUGAAGUGCGCUGAGAAUCACCAAACCAGGAACUGCCCCCUACCUAAAGGACAAGUAAACAAGGUCAGAUGCUGCAAUUGUAACGAAGCUCACACCUCCAACUACCCGAUGUGCAGCAAACACAUCGAAUACUUAGACAGACAGGCGGCAAGACGAAACAGGAACCAGCCACAACAGAAGACAGCACCUCCACCACCCCAUCCAUCAGCAUUCAGGACGACCACCAGCGGAUUUUCUUAUGCACAGGCCAGCAAAGGUGUACCACAACCCUCAGCUCCAUCCAAACCAGCUACAGUCCAAGGAACAUGGGCAGAGAUCAACAAAAUAGUAAACGUCGAGAAGAUGAUGGCCAUUCUUCAAGAUAUGAAAAGGGAUCUACUCCAGGCGAGGUCAUUUGCCGAGAAAGCGAUGAUCUUCAUGAAGUACGAAGAAAUCUACAAUGAACCAUAAGCAUCUGAAGAUCUUCCAGUUCAACAUAGCAUCUCUACGGCUACGAAUCAGCGAACUUCGAGAGGCAGUCCUGAGGCACAACCCUGAUGUCAUCUGCCUGUCCGAAACCAGAUACAUGACGGAGUCACAACUACCAAGGAUCACAAACUAUGAUGGAUAUGGAAGAAGAGACAAUCCAAACGACAGAGGAGUGGCCAUAUAUGUCAGAAACAACAUAGAAUGGAACCAAGUUGCGUUGGACACACAGCAUUUUGAAGGUAUUGGUAUCAAAAUCUUCCAACAGAUCCUAGGACCUCUACAGCCCUAUAUGCAGAUGAUACGGCAGUGUAUGCAUCCGGAAAAGAUGAAAGAAGAAUAAUAGAUGACAUGGAGUACCACUUGGAGAAAAUCACGGACUUCACGGAAAAAUGGAAAAUCAAGAUCAAUGCAGAGAAGACGCAGUUCAUAAUAUUCACCCAAGAAAAACGACCACCACAGAACCAGAUCACAGUAGGAGGCAACAGAAGGAGGAUAGAGUUACCAACGCCACCAUCAGGAACAGAUUAGGAUUCACACCACUGAGGGAGGUAGCCGAGAACACGACCAGGUGGUUCUUCAACCAGGCCACAAGAAAACUGCGAAAAACCAGGGAUAUCCUCGAGAAAAACAGGAUCCAGAGGAUACACCGAGAAACUCAUCGACUCAUAGACCACAUGAUCAACUAGCCAGGCUUGCAGAGAAGUAGGUACGUUUGCCGAUACAGUACCUACAGAAGCAGACGAGGACACCACCCAGGAAGAUCCAGGACCCGAGAGGAAGAAGACCCAGAAGAUGGCGGUGCAAGAGCGGUACGCUGAAGAAAAGAAGACAAACAUUUUAAAAUUUUGAAAUGUUCAUUUUUGAUAUUAUGGCAAUAAAUGCUUUUAUUUU